AUGGUCGGCAAGGUUAGCGAGAGGGUUCUCCUCCGCGAAGGGCUCGAGAGAACCGACAAUGGCAUGAAGUUGACGACCUGGCCGGAUGUAACGCCCAUCAACCAGAAGAACUACUAUACGGACUAUAUGAAACGCGAUGACCAGGUUCUCGCCCUCAGAUUACAGACGGAUGCGUCGCGAGAUCGCAUGGUCCAGAACGCCCGUGAUCGCGAUCGCGCCCUGUCAAAGCCUGGAAACGGAGAGCUUCCCCUACCCGUUACCGACCUACCAGAGGAGGAUGCCGCUGCGACCCCGAUCGGCGGGACUGAUCCCUCCAAGAUUAUUGUGAUACACCCCGGCAGCCAGAACUUGCGCAUUGGAUUUGCCAGCGAUGCCCUUCCAAGGACGAUACCCAUGACGUUGGCGACCAAGUUCCCACAGACAGAAUCCGAGAUGUACGAGGCUCUACCGCGACGGCAGUUCGAGGCCAAGACGACGGACCAGCAGUACGGCGAGGAAUGGGCCAAGAAGUACCAAAAACAGUCCAGCGAGCUCAAAGUCGAGAUGCGAGCGAACAAGCGCAAGGUUUUGCCCAACUCCAAGGAGCUUGUCCAGACCUUCAACCGCCGAACGGAGGCCGAGGUCAUUCAGACGCACAAUGAUCCCCUCGAGAUUGAGUGGACGGAUCCGAAGUCGCUCGAGGACCCAAAUUCGCUCGCGUCGUGCUUCAUAGGGAAUCAAGCUUUGCGUGUGCCUGAUGAUUCCGACCCGAAAUUCAAGCUAUGGUGGCCCAUACAGCAGGGUUGGUGGAAUGAGGAUGACUAUACCAGCGAGGAGCACCUCUACGACGAUUUCGAGACGCUACUCGACAAAUCACUACGGCAGGAGCUUGGACUAUCGAAAAACAGCGAAUGGCAGCAGUAUAGCUGUGUUUUUGUCAUUCCUGACUUGUACGACAAGCGAUAUGUGGAGCAAAUCCUGCGUUCCUGCAUGAACUGGUUUGAGUUCAAUAGAGUUUGCUUUAUUCAAGAAAGCAUGGCGGCAACUUUUGGUGCUGGGUACACCCAGGCCUGCGUUGUGGAUGUCGGGGCACAGAAGACCUCCGUUACGUGUGUCGAGGACGGCCUCUGUAUGGAGGAGUCGAGAGUCAACCUGAAAUUUGGUGGCUACGAUAUUACAGACACAUUCAUCAAAAUGCUGCUUUACGACAACUUCCCCUACCAGGAUAUCAAUCUUCGUAGGCGGUACGACUUUCUCCUGGCCGAGGAGCUCAAAAUCAAGCAUUGCACAAUGUCACAGGCUGAUAUCUCAGUCCAACUCUUCCAAUUCCACGUUCGAGCACCCAACCAACCCACCCACAAAUACCAAUUCAAGACAUACGACGAAGUCAUCCUAGCCCCCAUGGGCGUAUUCGAACCCUCCAUUUUUGACAACAGUACGAAGCUCCGGGGACGCCGCAAGCUGGUCGAGCGCUCGUACAACGCUUAUGAUGUCGAGACACCCGAUGACCCCUCACCGAUGGCCCAGGAGGCCAUCCUGGCUCUUGUCAAGCCUUCUCUUGCCAAUGCGCCGGCGCUCCCUCCUCUGGUGAACCUCGAAGUGUCUACCCCCAGUAAAGAAAAGUCACAAUUCAACUUCCUCGCCAAGGGCGACGGUGUCAAUGGAACCCCCAUGGGAUCGCACGCUGGGUCUCCCGCACCCGAAGGAGCGAGCACCCCGGUGCCGCCCCCCUUCAUCUUUGGCAAGGACAUUGCCAACGGCGGAAGCCCUGCGCCGACUGGGUCGCGGGCAGCAGGAACCCCGGUCCCCGGACAAGGUGGACAGUCUUCGCUACCGGCACCAUUCCUGGACUCGGCAGCUCGCAGGGCCAAUGCGCUUGCCAUCGAGAGAGACACUGUUCUGCCGUUGGCGCCCCUGGAUAUUGCGAUAUUGACAAGCAUUCAGAACGCUGCAAAGGGUGACGAAAAGAAGCUUCGUGACCUGCUGGGCAGUAUCAUGGUUAUCGGCGGUGGAGCCAAGAUCCCCCACUUCACCGUGGUUCUGGAAGAGAAGCUGAAGGCCCGGAGACCCGAUCUGCAGGACAGGAUACUCGUCAGCAGGAGUGCAAGGGACAUGGACGAGCAGGUCGUGGUGUGGAAGGGAGCCAGCGUCUUCGCCAAGCUCUCGACGAAUGACUCUUGGAUCACUCCAUUUGAGUACGAGAGACUGGGCUCGAGGACACUGCACCACAAGGUGCUCUGGGCUUGGUGA